AUGUUGAGAUCAGUUUUCGCAGUAGCAGUCAAGCCCACCACCGCCCGCAUGGUUAGACCUGCUAUUAACCAAUUCAAGCGUGGAUAUGUUUUCCCUGCUGGUCAAAGAGAGUUCUUGAAUGACAGACUCGAUAAGAUCGACCCCGAAAUGUUUGACAUCAUCGAAAAGGAAAAGAAGAGACAGAAGGAAAGCAUUGAUCUUAUUCCUUCAGAGAACUUCACUUCAAGAGCUGUCAUGGAUGCGCUCGGAAGCGUUAUGCAAAACAAGUAUUCCGAAGGUUACCCCGGUGCUAGAUACUAUGGUGGCAAUGAAUUCAUCGAUAUGUCAGAAAAUCUUUGUCGUAAGAGAGCCUUAGAAGCCUUCGACUUGGAUACUGAAAAGUGGGGUGUUAAUGUUCAAGCUUUGUCUGGUGCUCCCGCUAAUUUAUACGUUUAUGGUGCUGUCUUGAAGCCUCAUGAUCGUAUUAUGGGUCUCGAUCUUCCUCAUGGUGGACAUUUAUCUCAUGGUUAUCAACUUCCCAACAAAAAGAUUUCCCAAGUCUCAGCCUAUUUUGAAACUUUACCUUACCGCUUAGAUGAAACUACUGGUCGUAUUGACUAUGAUGCUUUGGAACAAAAUGCCAUGCUCUACAGACCAAAGAUCAUCGUUGCCGGUGCUAGUGCUUAUGCCCGUAAUAUUGAUUACGCCAGAAUGAAGAACAUUGCUGAUAAAUGCGGUGCUUACUUGAUGGCUGAUAUCGCCCACAUUUCCGGUUUGGUAGCUGCAGGUGUCUUACCUGGCCCCUUCGAUCAUGCUGAUCUCGUUACCACCACUACACACAAAUCUCUUCGUGGUCCCCGUGGUGCUAUGAUCUUCUUCAGAAAGGGUUUAAGAAGUGUCGAUAAGAAAGGAAAAGAAACCCAUUAUGACUUAGAAAAUGCUAUCAACCAAUCCGUAUUCCCUGGUCAUCAAGGUGGCCCUCACAAUCAUACCAUCAGUGCUUUGUCUGUUGCUCUUAAGCAAGUCAAAUCUCCUCUCUUCAAAACAUACCAAGAGCAAGUUCUUAAGAACAAUGCUGCUUUCGCUGAUCGUUUCAAGGAAUUAAACUACGAUCUUGUGUCUGGCGGUACUGAUAACCAUUUAUUAUUAGUUGAUUUAAGAUCUCAAGGUAUUGAUGGUGCUCGUGUUGAACGUAUCUUGGAAUUGGUCAAUAUUGCUGCCAACAAGAACACUGUCCCCGGUGAUAAGAGUGCUCUCAUUCCUGGUGGUCUUCGUAUCGGUACACCCGCCAUGACAAGUCGUGGUUUCAAGGAAACUGACUUUGUCAAGGUCGCCAACUUCAUUGACCGUGCCGUCAAGAUUGCUCAAGAAGAAAAGCCAAAAGCUGCCGGUAAGAAAUUGACUGAUUUCAAGAACCACAUCGGUGAUGGCUCUUCUAUCCAAUCCAUUCAAGAUUUGAAGAAUGAAGUUACUCAGUUUGCUUCUGAAUUCCCUACUGUUGGUUUCUACGAGACCGAAAUGAAAUAUCAAUAA